AUGGCAGCCAACUAUGAUGUGGCUUUGACAGCCUCCAUUGUUAACGUGUUGGAGAAUCCAAUCAACCGUAAAAGGCAGCUCUUGUCACUCUAUGAACUUCUUGUUCGCGACUUUAACGUUCUUCGAGAAGCUGUCCGUACAGAUCUCCAAUGGACAGACGAUGUCGCCAUAGAAGCCAUUAACCAAGUUCUCGGUGCUAUAGAAGCUGUCUAUCCCGAUAUAUCUCUGGCAGACGAGCUGGAAGUGGAACAAAAGCUUUCAGCUGGGACAAGAAUCGAGCACAUAGAGCAGCCCUUGUCCCUGACACUAAUAAUAGGUAGCGGGCAGAACCCUCUCGGCUCAACGCUUCUCCCCCUGGUCGGCGCCCUGGCAGCAGGCAGUGUGAGUAUCAUCGUGCAACCCGAGAGAACAGAUAAGACAUCCUCGACACUCAGUACUAUUCUCAGCCAAGCUGUCGACCAUGAGGGUGUCCAAACUGUGCCGGCCUCUGCUCUCGACAAGCUUCUGAGGAACCGCUUCGAUGCAGUGGUCGUCCCGCCAUCAUAUGACCCCAAGGCUAUUCGACAGCUUCAGUCAGUCAAUGCAGCCAUUCGUGUGCUUCAGCCUGGCUCUGGACUUGUCGCUGCCAUUGUCGAUCGAAGCGCUGAUCUGUAUUCCGCCUCUGUCCAAAUUCGAAAUGCUUUCUGGAAAAACGAGUCUGGCAAACUAUUUGGCGGUCCGAAGAUUGUUUUUGUCGACGAGUUUGUCUUGGAUGAUUUACAAGAACAUCUGCGGGACCGCCAGAAGGGAUUCACAACACGUCGGCCCACCAAGUCUUCAGCCAAGCCAGCGUCCAAUGUUUUGCGGAUAUCGACGCGCGAUCAGGCACCUACCAUAACUUCUCCUGCACCUUCGCCAUUAACUGCCGCUUCUGUGAAAGAAUUACUGCGAGACACCAGUAUCGCAAAAGAUUCCAUACUGAUAGUGCCGACGACGAGUACUGGCCAUACUCUGGACAUGCUCAAUCUUUUGAUUGGCGACAAGGUCGCUCCAGCUGUAUAUGUUUUCUCAACUGGCCCCGAGGUUAGCUUCUUUUCUCGGUUUCUACGUUCUCAAGUCACAAUUGCCAAUUCCAUCCCGCCUUGGGCUCUUGUGAACUGGAUUCCCCAGUCUCCGAACGCAACAAGCAUCGUGCCCUUCGCUCCUCGUGACUUCACCAACAAUCACCCUGUAGUGCAGUUUGAACCUAUCAAGAAAGAGUCAACACAGGUGCGGAGCUUACCUAAGAAGGCCGUCCUAAAGAUGGACAAACGAAGAGAGACAGGGCUAAAGUUGAGCUUCUUUGAGCGUGGAAUCAUUAUUGGAGGCAUUGGUCUACUUGUCGGCACUCCAGGGGCUAUUUAUGCGAUUACUCGUGGUUUCAGGGCUCUCUAUCCCGCGAUUAGUUCGCGAUUCUCUUAA